CAAAUCAAAUUCUUUUUUUUUCCAUAAAAUUAGCACAAUGAAGAUUUUCCUUGUGCUUCUCUUUGUCGGUUGUGCCUCAGCAACUUUGAUGGAUGCCUUGGAAAAGGCAUCCGAUGAAGUUGUUAGAAGUAUCAGGGAAGCAAUGGAAGAAGCAACCCCUUUGCACGAAGUUCUUGGAAUCGAAGAAAGUGAUGCACUUAACAGGUUUCAAAAUGACGUAAAAGAUGAAUUGAUUAGGCAUGUCAAGCAAGUCAUCCGUGAGGCUAUUGAAAAGAUUGAAACUGCUGUGGAGUCAGGGAAGAAAACUCUAGUACUGAAACAGCUGAGAGAUCUCGAAACAGUUCUACAUAAACUGGAUAUAAAGGAUCACGAGAUUGAGGCUUUUAAGGAGCAGCUAAAAGAUCAUGUCCGCAAGAUUCUUGAGGGGUUUAACCUUAAUAAGCGUUCAAUCGAUGACCUCGAUGACCCCAUGGAAUCCAUGUUGGGAGAUCUCAGCUUCAGAGACUUCUUUCUCAAGAUUAAACAAUAUAUUUUGGAGAAAAUGGAUGUGUCCUCAUUGAAGUUAGGACUUAACAAAGCAGUCAAACAGGCUAGUCAGAGUUUGUGCAAUUGGAUCACCAAUAAGGGAGCAGAGAAGCUGAACAAUUUCUUCGAUCGCGUCCUCGAGAAAGACGAAAACGAGGAGACCAGAAAGAGAUCCGUUUCCGAUCUUUAUGAACAACUGAAAGAUUAUUUCGACGAUCUCCACCUUGACUUCAAGGAGAAGUUCGCCAAAUUUGGCGAAUGGGUAAAGAAUUUGUUAGAAACUGGUCUGGAGAAAUCCAAGGACAAAAUUGAAAAUGUCAGGAAAAUCGCCAGGGAAUUGAUCGUUCGGAGCAAAGAUAUGAGCAAGGAAGCCGCCGGCGAAGCUCUUGAGUUUUUACACAAAUUCAAGGAUCAGUUGGGUAACUUGUACGAAGAGGCACGUGACAAGCUUAUACAAAAAAUCUUGGAUUAUACAGAUUAGUUUGAGUUCAAUCAUGCUGUAGAAUAAUCUUGGUAGAAUAUACUUCUUUAAAACCAGCAUUUUUUGUGUUGCUAAUAAAGAUCUUGAACUUAA